GCACCACUCAGGUUUUUGCCCCUCCCAAGGCGAAAGAGGGUGGCACUUGGUCCACUGCUGAGGAGAGACGCCGACGCCUUCAGGCUUUGUGCAAGUGGUCAAACCUGCUACGGCUUGCGCCCAAGCUUUUCUCGGAGCGCACUCUUGCUUCGCUGCCUGACACAGGAGACCAGGCAGUUGCUGAACACCUUGACCUGCUGUUCAGCCGUAAGAGUACUAACACCUUGCUGCUUCGAGUCCAGCCGCUUAUGCGGUUUGUGCUGUGGGCCCGGCGUGCCUGCCCAGACGAGUCGACUAGCGAGCAACUUGUCUGGGUGCACUGCCGCUGGUUGCAGACUACCGCCGCGCCCAGCAGCAUUGACAUUUUUGUCAGCAGCCUGCAUUUCGUGCGCGGCACUUUAGGACUGGGAGUCCCCAUCGCUGACCUGCUGUCACCAAGGAUUCGUGGUCUUGCACACACCCACUUGCGCACUAAGGAACCCGUCAGCCAAGCGCCGCCGCUCUCCGCAGCUCAGGUCAAGUGGCUGGAGUACCUGUCUGGCUCUGCCUCUGACGACUACGAGCGCCUGGUAGCGGCAACUCUGUGCUUCAUGGUUUUCGCAAGGGCCAGGCGGAGCGACCUGGCCAGAGCAACCCACGUGCAGUUUGACCUGACCUCUGACGGCUCUGACGGCUUUGUGGAGUGCAAGGUGAAGAACCCCAAACAGGUGAAAGCGGCGUCGCGACGCAACCUUUUCCUGCCGCUGACUGCUGUUUACCGUGGCUUGGGCUCCGCUAGCUGGGGAGCGCUGUUCUUCGCUGCCAGGGCUCGCCUGGGGCUUCAGAACGAAGGUGCUUUGGAUCAUCCUUUGAUCCCAGCCCUGUCAUCUACGGGAAACUGGCUUCCUGACUGUCUCAGCAGCGCUGCGCUGACUACCUGGUUGCGAGCUCUUCUCAGCCGUGCACCUGACGCUGAUUACGGCCUGAUUCAGCAAGUCAGGAGCCACAGUUGCAAAGCCACUGCUCUCGUGACGUUGCUUGGGCACCACAGCCAGGGCAGGAACAUGGCCAGCCUCGGCGGUUCUGGCGGGAGUGGUCGCUGGCAGGACACCUCUAGCGUGUCUGACUCAGUUUCCUCUGACAGUGGCGAUGAGGACGAGCAGCAGGUUGCCGCAGCCCCUCACUUUCUUGAGAACCUGCUGUCCUUUGGGAACUACGCAGAGCGGUCCGUGACAGUGACCGGGCAAGGGAUGCUGACACCUCUCCGGGCUGCAAAGGAAGGGCGCUUUCUGGAGGUGGCAGAUGUCCUGAAGACGGCCAUUACCCAGGGGAAUGCCCAGCAGCAGAAGCGGAACAACAUCAUCUCGAACAUCCCCAUGAUUGGGUCUGUUCUUGAGCGAAAGGCUUCGACCGGAAGGGCAUCUCCGGCAAGAAGCACCCCGGAGAGCGUCUCAAGUCGCCGCUCGGAAGUUUCCUCCUUGGCAGUCGUCUCGGAUUGCCUCAAGGGCUGCUGCUGCUGUUGUCAGCAGAAGCUGACUAUGACUGUGGGCGUUGGCAAAGCCACCUAA